CCUCUCCGGAGCAGUGCGCACGGCUGAGAUCAAUCUGCCGGGGAGAGAGAGAUGAUGACCCGGCAGGCAGUCCGGGGACACACCGCUGGGAAAAUACGAAUGGAUGUAAUUGUAACGAGGUUAUAUGAUCGGGCUGAAGUCAUUUAAAGUGAGAUCUGAUGAGAAGCGACGGGAGCGCAGAGGAUUUGUUUCUGAAUGAAUGUUUUGCUUCAGUUUAUACCAUAUUGGACUACUUUUUUUGAUUCAUCUUCAAAUUUUGCGAGAAAUCUAAAGACUACUUUUGGUCUUCUUGACUCUGAGUUGCCACAAACAAAGUGACGCUGCGACUAGAAACUUUUUUCUUGACGCGGAGAUGGAGCCGGAGGAGGGGAAGAUCUCUGUGUGGGUCUGCCGGGAGGAGAAGCUGGUCUCUGGGCUGACUAAGCGAACCACCUGCGCCGAUGUGGUCAAAGUCCUGCUGGAGGACCAGAACCUGCAGCAGGGCGCCGCGGCGGCGAUGCUGUCCGGCACCCCGCAGUCCUACUGCGUGGUGGAGAAAUGGAGAGGCUUCGAGCGGAUUUUACCCAACAAGACCAAAAUCCUCCGGCUGUGGAGCGCCUGGGGGGACGAGCAGGAGAAUGUCCGCUUCGUGCUUGUGAAGAACGAGGCUUCGCUGCCCAACAACGGGCCCCGGAGCGCCGAGGCCCGGGUGGUCCAGAGCCGGGAGAGCGGCGGUCCGGGCGGCGUGCUGAAGGGCACCGCCAGGACUUGCUGGACCGCCGCUGCCGCUGCUGCCAACCUGUCCCAGGAGAAGCAGAGGCGCAUAGUCAGGAAGGCUUUCAGAAAGUUGGAUAAGAUGAACAAAAAGAAAGAGCAGACUGUUUCUAAAGAUAAGGGCUCCGUGGAGAAGAUGGAGACGCUGGUUCACCUGGUGAUCUCUCAGGACCACACGAUCCGUCAGCAGAUCCAGAGGAUCAAAGAGCUGGACCGGGAGAUCGAGCGGUACGAGGCCAAAGUGCACUUCGACCGCAUCAAGAGACACGGGGUGAACUAUGUGCAGGACACAUACAUGGUGGACGCGUCCUCGGAGGCUUCUGCGCCUUCAGACUGUAAGCGCAAAGCGGAGCGGCAGGACGCGCGGUGCACGGCGGAGGCGGUGGCGCAGUUCGAGGAGUACGCGCGGCGGUGCGAGGAGGUGGUGCGGCUGCAGGAGGAGCUGACGGAGCGCGAGGCUCUCGUGGACAGUAUCACCGGGGAGAUCCAGGAGGAGCUCAACCGGCGGUGGAUGAAGCGGCGGCGGGAGGAGAGAGGAGCGGAAGCGGCGAAGGACACAGACAGCGUCGCGGAAGAGAUGAGCCUGGCAGCGUCUGCCGCUCCAGCUGUGGAAGCAGAUGUGGAAAGUUCGUCUGAUAACGAGUUCACGCUGGAGGAGGAGAGGAUCAAAACGCAGCUGGACACCAGUCUGUACAUCGGCCUGCGGCUGAAGACAGACCUGGACUCCAUUGGAGGGGACUUGGACCUGAGUUUGGCACUUUGGGAGACCAGGGAGAGCGAACUACUGGACCUACUGGCCAAAGUUGAGACCAUGGAGAUAGAGCAGGCGAACAGUAAACUGACUGAUGAUGGUAAGGCAGAGCUGGGGGCAGUGAGCGUUGAGGCUGAGCCCGCUUCAGCGGAGAAGAGUAGCGUGUGGGUGGAGCAGGCCAGAGGUCUUUCCAAGGCCUGCAACACAAACGAUGAGGACUCAGACACGGGCCUGAGCUCCAUGCACAGCCAGGACUCUGACAACCCUCCUGUGUGUGAGUCGCUGGUAUAGACUCACUUUGUUUGGAAGCAUGCUGGACUUUAAUGCAAUGCAAAGCCACAAACUCAGGGGCAGAGAAUCAGUGUUGGCAAUACUGGGGAAAGGUCUUCCCCACCCAAAAUGCACCUCACGGAUACUGUAAUUCUAUAGCAAUAAUUCCUAUAUGUAGUUGCACAAUAAGCUAGGAGGGACGGCAUGCUUAGAGAGGAUUUAUAGGCCAUGUUGCUCCAUAGCUGACCUUUGACCUCUUAUGAGGAGAGUCAACAGUACCACUUACUAAGAGAAAUAGCCUAGAUGAGUAUUAUUAUAAGCCACUUAUUAUCUGUAGUCUUCAACAAGAAACUAACUGUAAGGUAAAAUGAUCACAGGUUAACAAAGACUUAAUAGCAGCUUGCUUUUGUCAGGAUUUUUGCUGAAUCAACAGGAAAGUAAAGGCUGAGUGUUGUGUUCAGUAAGACAGCCUAAUGGCCAUAAACAGACAGGUUUCCUUUAAAGGUCAUCAUCAAGUGCACCUCCAUGCACAGUAAAGAAAUGUCAGGUCAGCUUCAAACCUGCUAUGAAAGCUCUUUCAGUCAAAUAAAUGCACGGUUAAGGUUAGAUCAGCUCAUCUCAGCCGCUCUUAAAGAAGAUUGACAUUUACAGAAAUGACAAAUGACUUUCCACAAGUACAACUACUCUGAAUUUUAUCUGUUUUUGAAAAAAAAAAAAACUGCAGACAUUGUGGGUUGGAGUUGAAACCCUGAUCCAUAUCCUGCUGGCUAAGCAGAGUAGAUCACUUGAUAUUGUCCUCAGUAGAAAUCGUGUGUGUCUUUAAAGCACAAAAAAUCCUAUUUAUUUAACAGUAUGGUGGCUCAUCAGCUGCACCAUGUCCUGUACAGGUCAACUUUUAUGGUUUGCAUUUAAACAUGAAACAUUUGAUAUUUUUUGUCAUCACAGCUGUUUUGAGGCUGUUUCAAUGAUGUUUGAAUCAGUGAUUCCCAACUUUUUUUUUUGGUUUGUGACCCUUCAAAACUACAAAAUGUCAACUCACAACCCAUCAUGAAAACAUAUAUUUCAUGUUUAUAUAAGCUGUGAGCAUUUCAAGCAAGCAAAGAGUGAUUUAUCACCCAGAUAGUUUAAUUUGAAUGAUUAUGGACAAAUGCAAGAAAUUGUGAGAUGAUUUAAAAAUCCGAGGACAGCAACAAAUUAGUUUAAUUUGUUGCUCUCCUCUGACUUUUAAAUGAUCUCACAAUCUCUCAGAUUUAUAUGUUGACUACAGUAGGGGGUCCCGAAUUCAACUUGAACUUUAAAGCAGAUUCAGCGUAGAUUCACUAUAGGGUAUCUUCUUGAUCAAACAGCCACAGAGAGAUCAGAUCACUUGUUUAACGGGUCAUUCCACCAAUUUAGUAUUUCACUCCCAACAGAUAGAUAUUAAAGAAGAAUGGUUGAAAUUCAAACAGCAUUCCUAGAAUGGGUCAAGCUCCAAAAACUACAUGUCCCAGAAUGCACUCUUUAGUGAUACCCCUUUGCCUCCUGAAUUCCCAUUUCUUUCAAACUCCAGAUCUCUACUUUGUAAUGUAGGCUUUCUGCAAAAAAUAUUAAAGCAACUGCAAGGAACAUUUUGUGCUGAUUUUGGCAGCCCCUGCGGACAAAAGUGCUUGUGUUUCCAUCAUGUCAGAAAGAUCUUGAUCCUGCUAGUGCGUGCAUUUGUCUUUGAACCAAGUGAAAAAAGACGCAACUGUUUUUUUUUAUCUCAGCUAGGGAUUUUUUUUUUUU